UUGCGGAAGGCAGUUAAUUCCACAAAUCCGUUGCCGUCGGUCCCCUUUUAAAGCCACCGACUUGUAAGCGUAAAGGCGCGUGUGAAUCCCCCUUAAUAAUAUUAAAAUUAAAGAGAGAAAACCAGAGUGCAGUUUACGCUUGACAAGGAUAUUCAAAAAGCAUUCCCGUUUCCAAAAUGUUCAGAUUUCUUGCAUUGACCACUUUGGUGGCUAUGGCUUCGUGCCAAAAUUAUCACCAGGACCCCAAAACGGCGGCCAUUAUCAGUGAACAGCGUUAUUUGUCCGGCGAUGGCAAGUUUGGAGCUGCCUAUGAGCAGGAAGAUGGCAUUAACUUCAAGGAGGAGACUGAUGCUGAUGGCACACGUCACGGCAGCUACAGCUACGUGGAUCCCUCCGGCCAGAGGCGUACUAUUUCCUACACAGCUGGAAAGAAUGGUUUCCAGGCAUCGGGCGAUCACUUGCCCCAGGCCCCUCCUGCACCUCCACAGCCCGUGCCCACCGCCGGAUACCAACCACAGCAGCAGUACCAGCCACAGUCCUACCAGGCUCCUGCCCCUCAGCAGCCCGCCUUCCGUAGCAACGACUACGGCGAUGAUGGUUCUUACGAUCCCCGCUACAAUGAUCCCUCUUUCGGGCAGAACCAGCAGACCUACCACCAGCCCGCUCCCCAGCCCCAGUACCGCCCUGCCCCGCAGCCCGCGUACAACCCACAGCCGGCACCCCAGCCCCAGCAGCAGUACCAGCCACAGUACCAGCCACAACCGCAGCAGGCGUACUACCCCACCACCACCCCCAACCCACACCGCUUUUCGCCACCCGGAAAAUUGUCACUGAACCGCACGCCCGAUGGCUUCACCUACUCCUUUAACAAGGUCUAAACCACCACUCAGACAUGUUGCAUCUUCUUCAUCCUGUCUCCCUUACCCUCCCUAUCUGCAUAUUUCUGCCUCUCUCUGAUCUACCCUUCCGAACUUCUCUGCUAUCUCACAACUAUAGAUUUCCUUGACUCCAUCAAAACUCUUGUGUGAUAUGUUUAAGAGCAAAUUGUAACUCUGUAUCGUACUUCCUAUAUGCGUACUGUUUGUUUGUAAUUUAUAAUUCUACACAGAGAAAAUCAAAUAACAAAUUGUGAAUUAAAGUCUAGAUUUUGUUUAAAACUGAAA